CACAAUUGUAGCAUCUAUUUGAGCUGCGUUUACCACACCAUCUCACUUCGAGGUCGAGGUGCAUUUUUCCAUUACCUUUACAAAUGCAGGCUCGCGUAUAUUUUGGACGAGGGAGGAUGUGGGCGUUAAAACAAAGCAAAAAAAGAAGAUUGACCCGUGGUUGAUCAGAGCGGGUAAGCAUAUCCGAUAAACAUCAACGAAUUUUUGCAACUCGCUAGAACCAGACUGGUGCAAAAAAAAAAAACCACAUAGCGUAAAUAUAUUUGUAUCUGUAUAAAUCCAAUAACUCUUCACGCAGAUGUAACGAAUUUGACAUUGCCAGCAACAGAAUCCGAGCACGGCCGGCAGCGUGGAAGCAUGUGGCGCAUUCUCGGAUACGCCUUGGUCGCGGUAUAUUUCGAAGUUUCCGAAACGAGUCUCAGUUUACGCUCGUCUCACCACUUUGCUUCAGCCGGGGAGUCUCCGGUGGAGUUCACCUGCACCUCGAGUGCAGUGAUAGAAUCUGGAGGGGUUUGGCUGCUCUGGUUCAAAAAGAACGCGAGUGAUGUAUUGGAAAGACUGGACACGAAAUGCAACGCGUCCCCGUGCAAAUACACCGAUGAAUCGAACCGCUCGGACACCUUCAAGCUGAAGAUUACAAAGACAGAGCGAGAAGAUUCUGGUACAUAUUACUGCGCGCACCCACCCGGUAUGGACCUGGAGUUUUCCAAUGGGGCCGCAUUGAACGUUGUAGCAGACAGUUCAACAGAGACCACUUCUGUGUCUAUCCUGGCCCCCGCUGACUCCGCCAGCGCGCUCGAUUCUGAGGGGUCACUGACAUUAGUCUGCCUGGUCCGGGGCCUCUCCUCGCCCGCGGUCCGAUUUCAGUGGUUUCUCUCCGGUAACGUCACGACUGCAACAGCGCCGGGCACCUGGAUCAAGGAGGGCGGAGACGGAGAGAGCUACAGCGCCACGAGCAGGCUGACAAUCCCGGCGGAGACGUGGCGGAGCGGGGCGGUGUGCGCCUGCGGAGCGCAACUGAACUCGAGCACAGUCAUCCGCAGCAGGGAGAUCUCAUACACGGCGGGAGACUCUUGCUGGGUGUUUUAUGUCGUGUUCUCCGGGGCGGCACUGGUCGCUGUAGCCGCGGCGCUCCUCGCCUCUUGUGCAUGGCUUCAUUUCUGUAGCAAAGAAGGUUCCAGGCAGAGAGCAGACCCAGCCGAUCAGUUCAAGAUGAGACGCAAUGACGACCUGGUCACCUACGCUCACCUGGAGUUUGUUCCGCAGAAGAAGGAGAGACGGAAGCGGCAGGCCUGACCAGUGUGCACGAUGCCCCGGAGGAGCGCUGUGUCCGGGUCCCUGUGUUUCUACACAGUGGAUCUUGUUAUGUUAUGAAAGGCAACAGAACGCCUGUCUUCUAGUCGGAGCGAGCUCUCCAUACACAUAAAGGGACGUAUUUUAAACGCGUUUACCCCAGUCUCUAAUAAACGCCUAUUUCUCUUAUAGCUAAAAGGCCUGUUAAUUUUCCAAAGCCAGAAUAAAAUAACUAAGUUGUAUAUUUCAAGAUCUCUUAUACCAUAUCAUUGUGCUGUGCUUUCUAUGCUGUAACAUUAACACGGAUUGCAAAAAAAUCUAGCAGUAAUUAAGAUGACUCUAUAUAUCAGGAAAAUGAUCAUCUAUAAUAAAAUGGUUUAAGCUGUGUGGCUUUUUAUAAAUAAAACACAAAUAAAACAAAUGUUAUAGCUAUCUCUCACCUCCGCCCCCAUACAGUUCAUACAAUCAGAAUACAUCGAUCCGUGGGUUCAAAAUGCGUAAACAUGCAUAUCAAUCGAUUAGCAUUCAGUCAGUUUAACUAAUAAUAAUAAU